AUGCUUAAUUCGUAUGAAUUAAUAAUCAUUGUACUGCUGUAUUUAUUGACGAAUUCGGCAUAUGGUAAAGUCAAAAAUUAUGAAGGGUAUAAAGUAUUUUCAAUAUUCCCAAAAAGUGAUAGUGAUUUGCAGAUAAUUAACCAAGAAAGAAGACAGCAAAAGAAUAUUGCUAUAAAAUCUGAAGGAAAUUACAGUAUUGAAAAAUAUUUAAAAUACGCAGAGAUUAAUGACUACCUAAGUUAUUUACAUAUUAAAUAUCCAAAUAAAACACGAAUUAUAAAUAUUGGAAAGUCAUUCGAAGGGCGUGAAAUGAAUAUAAUACAGAUUUCAUCUGAUUUCGAAUCAUCAAACAAGCCUGCUAUAUUAAUCGAAGGUGGAGUACACGCACGAGAAUGGAUAGCGCCUGCACAAGUAUUGUUUAUUAUUCAUCAGCUUGCAGAAAUCGAUAAAAAUAAAUGGUUAAUAGAAAAUGUUGAUUGGUAUUUACUUCCAUCUUUAAAUCCCGAUGGCUAUGAUUAUACUUUUAGAAAGGAUCGAUUUUGGCGUAAAACACGUUCAAAUGUGUCAGAUGAAUGUAUUGGUGUUGAUAUGAAUCGGAAUUAUGGUUAUAAAUGGAAACAUUCAAUAUUCUGUGGUGAUAGUUUUGCUGGAAAUCAUAAUUUUUCUGAAUCAGAAUUAAAAGCAUAUUCAAAGUUUGCUGAAAGUAUUAAAGAUCGCCUUAAAUUAUAUUUAUCAUUUCAUAGUUAUGGGGAAAUAAUUUUGUACCCAUGGAGUUAUACGUAUUUGGAAUAUCCUAAUAAUUAUCUAGAAUUGAAAACUGUUGCGGAAAAACUUGGAAAAUUGAUUGGCGUAAAUUAUAUCACGGGUACUCCAGCACAAUUGAUUUACACAGCACAUGGUAGUAGCCUUGAUUGGUUUAAAGGAGUUCUGAAUGCUGAUCUUGUUUAUGCAAUUGAAUUAUCACCUGGAGGAUCAGGCUAUGUGGAUCGUGUUUAUGUUGGUUUUGAUCUACCGCCAAGGCAAAUAAAAGAAGUUGUAAGUAAAGUUUUUGUUGGAGUAGAAUAUCUUGGAGCGUAUGUGAAAAAAAAAUACGUGUAA